GGCGCCUGGAGGCGGGGCGCGCAGGUGCCUGCGUCAUUCAUGCGCGCCGCAGCGGGGCACCGGAAGUUAUGGAGGUAUUAAUAGGGGACCCUAUUACUACAUGUCUUUCUCCCUCAGUGUAUGAUAUAAUUUGUAAUCUUGGGUUUCAACUCAGAGAAAAUUGUGAUAUCAAUAGCGUGGUUACUCCGAAUGGUGAAGUGUGCUGGAAAACAAUCUCAGACUGUGUGAGCUACACAGAGACAGAUCAGGGUCUGGAUUACUGGGGAAGCGUGAGGCUGCUUGGCCCUGUGUGUGAGGCUGUCCAUUCACAUUUCUUAUCUUUGACCAAGGGGCAAUUUGAAAUUCGAUAUGCACCGUGGUUCCAGUGGACAAGUUUUCCAGAGUUAUUUCCUGAAAUAUUUGAUGCCUUGGAAAGUCUACAAUCUCCCGCUAUUUCUCUUAGCUUAAUGAAACUGACAUCGUGUCUGGAACGAGCCUUGGGUGAUGUAUUUUUACUGAUUGGGAAGGAAUGCCCCUUUCUUUUAAGAGAUCUGCUUGCAUCUGAGGAACUUGCUCAAGUCUUCGGGCAGUCUGUGAUGAAUGUGCUAAAAGUCUUCGUUGGCUCUCCGUGUGGUCUCAACCUGCGUAACGUCUUAUGGCAUGGGUUUGCGUCCCCCGAAGAAGUUCCUCCAAAAUACUGUUCAAUGAUGAUGCUGUUGACAGCAGGAUUGGGUCAGUUACUGAAGAGUUACCUUCAAAAAACUAAACUUACAUUGGCACAUCGCUCUUUCAUAACUCCUACAAACCUUGAGGAUUUGAUUGUUUUUCCUGAUGUUACUUAUGAGGUGCUCUCAGUAUUAGAAGAAGCGAUGACGAAAUCUGCUUUUAUAUUAAAAAUCAUGUUACCAUAUUGGGAAGUUGCACUGGUCAAGUUCAAGUCACACAGGUUUGCUGACUGUGCCAUAUUGUUGCUGACACAACUAGAAACUGGACUUAGGAAUGUUUUUGCGACACUUAACAGGUGUCCACAAAGACUCCUGACUGCUGAGUCAACAGCUCUUUAUACCACCUUUGAUGAAAUAUUGGCAAAACACUUGAAUGAUGGUAAAAUCAAUCAGCUUCCUCUUUUCCUUGGAGAGCCUGCUAUGGAAUUUCUCUGGGAUUUCCUGAACCAUCAGGAGGGUCCCCGCAUAAGAGAUCAUUUAAGCCAUGGGGAGAUCAACUUACAUGAAUUUUCAAAAGAAACAACUAAUCAGUUGCUUGCGUUUUCUGUUGUGCUGUUACUCAGAUUCGUUGAUGAAGGUCUGCUAUCAGUUUUUAAGGAAAAAGCAUCAGUAGAAUUGUUGAUUAGUCUUGCAGAAGGCUAUAGUUCUCGCUGCCAUCCAGUUUUUCAGCUUAAGAAACAGGUUUUUAGUCUUGAGGAGAGUAUCAGGGUUUGGUUGCUCUGCUGCCUUUCCCCGAAAGAACUCACUUGGGAAGCAGUCAGAUUAGAAGAUAAUUCUGAAACAAAUGCCUGCCACUCUUUAAUUACAAAAAUGACGGAUGAGCUGUAUCACCAUAUGCCUGAGGAUCAUUGUGUUUUAAAGGACUUGAAUCAUCUUCCUACUGAGACGUGGCCCCAGCUGCUCCGUGAGCUCUGCAGCACACCCGUUCGUACCCUGUUCUGCCCCAGGAUUGUGCUGGAAGUGCUGGUUGUGCUCCGAAGCAUCAGCAAGCAGUGCCACCGGGUGUCUGGCCAGGUCACCAUUGCCUCGGAGCUGAGACACAGGCAGUGGGUGGAGAGGACGCUGCGGUCUCGCCAGCGGCAGAACUACCUGCGUAUGUGGAGUAGUAUCAGACUACUGUCCCCUGUGCUCAGCCUUAUCCUGUUCCUCAUUACGCUGGAGUUGGUCAAUGUUCAUGCUGUUUGUGGGAAGAAUGCGCAUGCGUAUCAUCAGUACCUAAAGUUUGUAAAGUCAAUCUUGCAGUACACUGAGAACCUGGUGGCUUACACCAGUUAUGAAAAGAACAAGUGGAAUGAAACUAUCAAUCUUACACAUACAGUUUUAUUGAAAAUUUGGACUUUUAGUGAGAAGAAACAAAUGUUAAUACAUUUAGCCAAGAAAUCCACAAGUAAAGUACUCAUGAAAACCUAGAAGUCAGGAUGUCUUUAAUUUUAACAGAUUUUAACAGUGUGCAAAUUGAAAACCCAAAGGUAAGGUGGAGUUGAGGGUCUGCUUGACCAGGGUCCAGGUUCUGUUUCUCUGCAGUGUUCUGAUCUACCCUUUCCGAGUGGUCAACGUGAGUCUCAGUCUGGCUUCCUUUGUGGUAACCAAAUGGCUGCUGUGGUUUUUGGAUCCAUCUCUCCAUAACACACUGUCCAGAGGAAGAAGGGGGAGCUGCUUUUACCCGACUGUUACUCAGAAAUGUGUAGUUCCAUUGUUACUGGCCACAUGCCUACUCUUGAGAACGACUGCUGUGGCUGGGACCUUCCCCUGCAUUCACUGGCCAGGCCUUGGGAGACGUUGACUCCUAGACCAGCCUUCAGGGCAGGGAGGGUGAGGCCCUGGGACUGAGGAGAGGACCGAUAAAUUUAAGCUUCCCAGGUCAGUGCUGGAGACCAGCUCCUGAAAGGGGAGGUGGGCAGGCAUGGGUGCUGGACAGCAGGCCUCCUG